CAGAACGAUGGCUGAACUACUUGUUUUGCCGCAGCUGCUGCUGCCACUGACACCCGUAUCAGCUAUACGACCGCCGCAGCGACGGUGAGGAAGAGGCUGAGGGUUCGUUUCCGAGGUGGUAAGGGUAGGUCCAUCGGUUGCGUUCGGGAGUGAGCUCAGUUGCUUGUGGGACCAGGUGCCAAGACUCGACGGGCGGCAGCAGCAGCAGCAGCAGCAGCAGUUGGUGCCAUCGGCCGCUGCUACUACUACUACUAAUGUGGAAUGACUGAGCGCGGUGCAGUUCGGUGGCAAAGGAAUUCUGCGCUCGGAGCAACGACGGCGGCACAACAGUUCAACUGGAGCAGCAGUUCACUGGCACAGCGGAAACACGGGCCGGCGCGGUCGUGACCACAACGAAUUGCCAAGAAACCACCGGUGGCAGCGAGGCCAGGGACACCCAGUAAACGUUUAACCCAAUACACGACAUGGAGAUCAUUGCGCUAGCUAGAAGCCAGUGGUAGAAGCAGCGGCUGUGGGCAGUUAGCUGGUCCGGGUUUAAACUGGCGUGGUUCGACACCGACGACGGCUCGUCUCUAUUACUGUUUAGGCAAUGAAUCAGCAAGGAAGUCAGUCAGUCAGUCAGUCAGUCAGUGAAACCAAAAUACAGGGGUACAAAUCAGUUGGUAGUGGCAGUCGUAGUUGUAGCAGAAAAUCGAGCAGUAUCAGUUUCCGAAAACAGCACGAAAACACUUUGUCGCCGUAGUUAGUUAGUUAGUAACUGAUAGUCAAUCGCAGAGUUCAAAGACAAGCAGAGUGACUUUGAGAAAGAACUCUGAACCUAAUUGUCCGAUGUUCUUCGUGAGUGGGCCAUUCACCCAAAGUGCUUGUUUGUGCCUAGGCGGAUAUCGUGAAUACCUUGACUGUGUACGCGCUCGUUGCCCUAGUCGAUAGAAAAAGCAUAUUCUAUCUGUAAGGAACGAUAAAGUCUGGGGGAGUCUUCGGCCGUCCACAGUUCGCCCUCAGAUCGGUCGGAUGCAGAGUAGAAUCUGGUCUCCCACCGUAGCUUUGUGCUUCGUUAAGCGUAGAUGAAGGGGCAGCUAUAUAAGGCGAGCUAGGCUCUUUUUAAUGAUAAUUUGUGACACGUGCAAAACAACGAGAAUAUCCACCUCGUUCGACUCGACUCUCGGAUCUAUCUAAGUUUAUCGAAAGCUCAGGUUGAAACUCAAUGAAUCCUCCGCAUGCAGAAGUAAAAGUAAACACGCGUCAAGGGUAACCUUGUUGGUUGGAUCGCACGUUCGACACGGUAACAUCAUCGGGCCACCUAUCAGGUAGAAAUCGUAUAGCACUGGACAUGGAGUGUUUUUGUGUGCCGCGAAAUCGAUGUAGUGAACAUCAGCAAUUGUGACGACAGUAACCAAGGCACGAGUGGAACAACUCCGUUUCCUCAAUCUGGAAAGACUAGUCAGCUGAUUGCCCUCUCCUCUUGGUAGACCCUGUCGGAUCAUCUAAAACGACAACAGCCAAAGGUGAAGGAGCGCCAGAAACGAUCUCAAAACAACGGAGUAUUGAAGAUCCACCAAAAGAAAUUUGCUUUUAAAUCCGUCUUCGCUGUGCUAAACACUACACCCUAUUUUUACUACUUAUUUCUAUACCUUACUUAUUUUCGAACGAAGCAGCUGUAUACUCGCGAACUGUUUCCUCUGCUGGCAAAUAGAUCUUUAGGCCAUAAUACAAAGGCCCGAGUAGAGUGCCAAUCCUGAUCCAGGAAGUCAACCAGUUGGGUUUCCACUCGCGAUUAGCAAACUUGCCGGGAUCAUGAAAAGCACGUAAGACCUGCGGUCGGUGUCAAUGGGAGUGCGUACCUUAUUGAAAAUAUCUGCAGCUCCUCGGGAAUUCGCUCACUUAGUCCAUUAAUUAGCUGAUUUAAGAAUCUGAUGUUUGUUUGGAUAGAAUAUAUAUGGACAGAAAUACCGGUAACCUGGACAAAGAUGCUCGGAUCCAUACCGACUAUCUGAGAGCCAUCGUCUUGGUGGACGCCUGACAUGUGCUCUGCGCGUUUCAUUGCUGCUAAUGCAGCCGUCCAAUCCAAGAAUAAACUAAUAGCGAGACGACUUCGUUGUAAGCAGUUGCUCCAUAGCAAAUAGGUUGUUUUGAGUCAUCUGAGGUUUUUGAUUUGUACGUUCGGAUCGCUUCUAACGUCGGUGACGGUUUCAUCGGCGCUAUGUUCUCCAUCAUCGGUAGCAUUUUUAUUGCUGUUGGUGCACCUUUCUAAUAUUAGCAGUUGAUCCUAGUCGCUGCUGCAAAUAAUAAUAGUCGUCUAUAAUACUGACUGCCAAAUACAUAAGACUCAACCUUUAGUUGUACCAAUUCAACUGAUGCAUAGGAUCGACUGACUAAAAAAUCUCUUCCGAGUGUUGCCUGUUAAGGAACGGGAGGAUACCUAGUUACUGUAGUCAUCGUGUAGACGGAUCGUGUGAACGUCUAGAGGCUAUCUGGCAAGUCAGAGGGCUUGUUCAGUAGUGAAUGUAAACCAGCCGGAUAUUGCACCGGGCCCGCGACGGUGCCUCUAAUCCGAUUAGGUCUAAAUGAAUUUGAACAAUAAUCAAAAGCCAUAGCAGGAGGGCCUAGUGGUGAUCGUCAGGUUGCUUGAAGGCUCUGGGAUAUUUUGUUGUGUCGAGAGGGGAUAAAAAAGAGGCAGAGGACGACAAGAAGAACGUCGGAAGUGCCGCGAAAAAACAAAAAAAAAAAACUGGUACAUAUUACAAUUGCGCGAUAGCAAUAGCGAUAGCAACGUCGUAGAUAUCAACGACAGCGAAGGCAGCAGCUGUACGAAAAACAAGCAAUAAGUUUGACGUCUCAGCUGACGAACUUCACGAAGAUACAACGACAAACUCUCCAUAGUAACGACGGAAACAAUCACAGAUAUCGAACGCCGCACGAAUCGCACAAACGCUUUGCUCGUUGCUACGAAAAACCGAUUGCAAUUACGAAAAAACGUAUUAGUGCUACGGAAAAACGGGAACAGUUGUUGAGAGUAGAGUGAAGUCAAUGGCAAAAUCUAACGAUCCUGCUUUGAUAUUCUAGAAAAGAAAAAUAGGAAACUAGCUAGACCUAAGUGACAGUGGUGACACAGAAAACGAACAGAGAGAUAACCAUUCUUCCACAAACAAUUCAAGAAUACCUCGGUUUUGCUCUAGACAAGAAUAGUUGUCAAGUUUUACUUACGCCUUCCAGGUAGGCGGCCUACUGAGGACCCCAAUAUUAACGGUGGUUUAUAUUGUUGGAUUGUAGAGUUGGAAUUACGGGCCAACAAACAGGGAACGCUUAACGCAGCGUGUCCUAACCAGGUCGCGCAAAGGACCUGGGACCUCAAAAGCCUUUGCCACUAAGAGUGGUAAAGACAAUUACACGUCGUACACUGAACGUGGCGCUUCACGAUAGUAUGACCGAUUCGAGCAGUACGAACUACUAGGAACUGCCAGCGCGUAAGUAGCGACCGAUGAAGCAACGGUUUGUAUGCAUAUGCAUAUUUAAUUUUCGAGAUCAGAGAAGCUGGGUGCCUCAUUGUCACCGUCAACAGUACUAUCGCUUAUUAUUGAUCGGAGGCGCACAUCAUACUCAGUUUUUGUUUGCUCAAGCCCACAGCGUACGGGCGACCGCGCAAGCAAGUUAGCACGUCGCCGACUCCCAGCAGCAACAGUGACCGCAAAGCUGAAAAUCGAAGAAAAGAAAAAGAGCAACCAUUGUCGUGACAUCGAUAGAGUGACUGCGUACAUGGCAGAAAGGCUAGGACGACCUGUGUUAGAAGGAGACUUCGAGGCCCAUUAUCUUGUGCCGCACGGUGACAGCAACGGAACGGUAUAGGACGUUUACGUUUUAGGCCAUUUCUUCUCUUAGUUCUGCUGUAGAUCUGCGCUUAUUCGAUUGUUCUGGCCAUCGUUGGUUUUCACUUUUACCAUGUAACAACGUAUAUUCUUCUUCGUAUUGACAAUAGUUCCAUCAACAACGACGAUUUUGCUUGAGCCAGUAUAAUUACUAGUACUUUUAUACACGAUUCGUGCUAUAAUUGUUACUCUUUACGAGUCAAUCUGUGCGUUUGAUUGGAGUUGAAGCAGGAGGCGACAACGAGCCCGCGACGAGUUAAUCGUUCUCGCACUGAAUUAUUAACGGGCGCCGGUGACCGACAAAUGUCGAGUUUACUUCUUUCUGUUUGGCUAUCUAUCUCAGCCCACGCCGUUUUACGCGUUUUUCAUUGGUACUGCUUCGAUGUUGUAUACACGUUUUAUGCGUCUCUCUAUAUUGUUCUGUGUUGGCAAGCCAGUAUCCCUUAGACCAGAAGCUCAUUAAGAUCAUUAGCAUCGACAUAUGGAAGGACGAAACUACCGCUGGUCACGACCCAGUUCCACUACAACUGAUAUUAUUACAAACUUUACGGCCGCUGACGCCACAAUAUCAACAACAAAUGUAACCUACUAUUCACAAGAAGAAUUUAAGUAAAUUACACUACUUCUAGCCUGUAAUUUGUCUUCAUAGCAUUGAACGAGUCGUUGCCUUACGCCAGGCAUCGUUUUAAAACAGGGCUUUUGCGUGUGGCUCAAGGAGGUUCGGUCGGAUUAGGCAGCCAUUGCUUGUACAUUACGAAUAAUAUUUUCGGUUGUACCCUUAACAUUUGUCUGAGGAACUCGUCAAACAAAUAUAUAUGUGUAACAUCUUUUCGGAUUUCGAGUUCUCUAUUCAGAGGAGUAAGCAUUUUCGUCUGCUGAGCAGCGCGCAAACCAACAACACCCAUUAAAUCAAAAUCGACCUCGGAGCACCAGUUAUUUUUUCACAACAGAUUUAAGCCCGCAUGGCCGGAACAACAAGACACCAGAAGCAAAGUCUCAAUACCACAACCAAUAAUAGUGACAAGAAUAUUGUUGAAGUCCUCUAAACUUUAGCCAUUCUAGUGUGUUUCACCUCUCCAGCUACAUUUUCUCGUUGCUCAAACCUGGCCGUUCUUUUAUCUGAGCCUAUUUGAAGGAAAUACAGCUAUCUCAAAAACUGAUCCAUUCUUCUCGAGUCUACUGAGAUCCACUACUGCUGGCCAAAUAAUCUUCAUUAAUCUAUUUUCCGUAUGACUACCGAAGCGUGUACCACGGUGAUGCUUUGUUAAGGUUCGCUAAUCGCUCGAUCGACUGACCUACGGACGGAAGAAUCUGCCACACCCAGCUUUGUCGCUUCCCUUCCUGAAGUAGAACUUGCAUUACAAGCACACGUUCUUCCCCCCCAUUGCCGCCCAACAGUAAGUGCAGAAGCGCUACGACUAAAGCAAACGAUAAGCAGCCCACUUUUCCCGAAUUUCUGGAAAUCACAAGUCAAACAAACAGAUGGGCCUGUACGAUACAUGUAGUAGCAGCAGCAGCAAGCCACAACCGAAAUAACAGCUCGGCGGGAGGGGUAAAGCCGAAAAUUUACGACCGAUUUUAGGGACCAAGGCCGAACACCUAAGGUCUCCCGGUUCUCUAAAACGAAUCCUGUUUCCUUAAUAGCCGCAUGGUAAGUGAUUGAAUAGAAACUAGACGUGAUUAAGACGCAGCGCUACCAAGCGGCAGGUAUCAACUACUGCCAGUAUCCGACAGUAUCGAUUUCAAAGUAACCGCUUAAGACGAACGGCAAAUCUUCAGCGUACGCGUAAGCUUGUCGCCGCCUAGUCAUCCGCAAUAACUGACACAUCAGCAGGAACCAUAUGAAUGAUCAUCCAUUGCGGUCCGAGCUAUCCUCCAUUUUUGAUUGGCGUUUACUGUUGAUUGUUAUCUAUCGGCUAGAAGUAACAGUAGCACUAUUACGUCGUUAUUAAUUUGCCAGUCAGCCUGCAACAGGUCGCCGCUACUAUCGAACAUCAAUACGUCUCUAAUUGAAUGACUAGCUUGGUAAUCUUCAGUGAGUCAAUGGCAAACUACGAUUGUGGUCUUUGAGUGGACGAACGGUAACUGUGUCAACGACGAGCCUACGACAUCAUCACGACCGGAUGUAUUCCUUCAAAACAAACAAAAAAUCCACCGAAUAGAGAAGCGCAAAUUGUUUUUCUACGACAAUUACUAGUUCUUGUAUUCCCGCAAAAGAAUCCGUCAGAGCGAAACGGACCAAAGCUCAGAGAGAGUACCGCAGGCAACCGGGUCAACAAUUAGCAAAACUUGGUAGUGCACUUUUCGGCUCAAAUUGAAGGAUCGCAGUAGCGUACCGCUGUCAGCCUUUUCAGCAAGCGGCUUGCUCGCGUACGGCCACAGAAUGAGUGAAGGCGACACAAACUCGAGUGGCGAGGGUACGGGGGGAGAUAUGGGGCUCACGAUGAACCACUCCGGCGGUGGAUCCGUCGAAGGCGGCUUCAGACUGCGCGCCCGAAAGGGAGCCCUAAAAAAGAAGAACGUGUUCGUCGUCAAAGACCACAAGUUCCUACCACGCUUCUUUAAGCAACCAACCUUCUGCUCGCACUGCAAGGAUUUUAUUUGGGGCUUUGGAAAGCAAGGAUACCAGUGCCAAGUUUGUAGCUUCGUCGUGCAUAAACGAUGCCACGAGUUCGUGACGUUCAAAUGUCCCGGCGCGGACAAAGGCGUCGACUCAGACGAUCAGCGGACCAAGCAUCACUUUGUGAUCACUACCUACACGAGCCCCACCUUUUGCGACCAUUGUGGUUCGCUUCUAUAUGGUCUCAUACACCAGGGGCUGAAAUGCAAGGCAUGCGACAUGAACGUCCACAAGCGAUGUCAGGAAAGCGUCCCUAACCUAUGUGGUUGCGACCACACCGAACGAAGAGGACGCAUUGACCUAAAGGUGUCGGCAACGAAUAAUAAACUAUCUGUGGAAGUCAAGCGAGCUCGAAAUCUCAUCCCAAUGGAUCCUAACGGUCUAUCCGAUCCUUACGUCAAGCUCAAACUGAUUCCUGAUUCUGGGGACUCCGUAAAGAGGAAGACGAAAACAAUCAAAGCUAAUCUUAACCCUGAGUGGAAUGAAACCAUCAAUUUUGAGUUAAAGGCCGAAGACAAAGACCGUCGACUCCUAGUCGAGGUAUGGGAUUGGGACAGAACCUCGCGAAAUGAUUUCAUGGGCUCGUUGUCCUUUGGCAUCUCCGAGAUUCUCAAAUCUCCUGCGGAAGGAUGGUUCAAACUGUUAACGCAGGAAGAGGGAGAGUACUACAACGUUCCGGUCCCACCCGACGAUGAUAUUGCUGGUCAACUUAAGACGCGUCUAACGACGAAGGUAAAGGACAACAAAGAAAACAGAGGAGCCCGUGGUGUUGUUGGCGAUCAGAAGGGCGGCGUCAUCAGCUCCGGUGAAAAAAGCGUGGUGCCAGGUGACGAGCGCGAGGUAGCGACGGGAGAAGGCGGUAAAGGCGGGGACGUCAUCCGCGCCUCCGACUUCAAUUUCCUUAUGGUGCUCGGCAAGGGCUCAUUUGGCAAAGUUAUGCUGGCCGAACGGAAAGGCACCGACGAACUGUAUGCCAUCAAGAUUCUAAAAAAGGAUAUCAUCAUCCAGGACGAUGACGUGGAGUGCGCUAUGGUUGAGAAGCGUGUGCUGGCUCUCUCCCACAAACCGCCGUUUCUCGUCCAGCUGCAUUCGUGCUUCCAAACUAUGGAACGACUAUACUUCGUCAUGGAGUACAUCAACGGAGGUGAUCUAAUGUUCCAGAUACAGCAGUGCGGAAAGUUCAAGGAGCCCGUGGCCGUUUUCUAUGCAGCGGAGAUUGCAAUUGGAUUAUUCUUCUUGCAUUCGCGGGGUAUUAUAUAUCGAGACCUAAAACUGGACAAUGUCCUGCUAGAUCAGGACGGCCACAUUAAAAUUGCCGAUUUCGGCAUGUGCAAAGAAGGAAUUCUCGGGGACACUACCACCAAGACCUUCUGCGGAACGCCCGACUACAUCGCACCUGAGAUCAUUCUGUAUCAGCCCUAUGGAAAAUCGGUGGACUGGUGGGCGUAUGGGGUAUUGCUUUACGAGAUGUUGGUUGGCCAGCCGCCGUUCGACGGCGAAGACGAAGAAGAGUUGUUUGCUUCUAUCACCGACCAUAAUGUCUCUUAUCCGAAGGCACUAUCAAAAGAAGCAAAAGAGAUUUGCAAGGGAUUGCUGCAGAAAAACCCACAGAAAAGACUGGGGUGUGGCGCCAAUUCGGGCGAAGAGGACGUACGAAAUCACCCGUUCUUCCGUCGUAUUGACUGGCAUAAGAUUGAAAACCGGGAAGUGCAGCCGCCCUUUAAGCCCAGAAUCAAACAUCGCAAGGAUGUGUCCAACUUCGACAAACAGUUCACAAGUGAGAAAGUUGAUCUCACGCCGACGGAUAAGCUUUUUAUGAUGAAUCUUGAUCAGACCGAAUUUCAAGGAUUUUCCUUCCUCAACCCUGAGUACAUUCAGCAUAUAUAGACCGCUCACCGACCUAUCUUCUCAUUCUAUCAACCAUAACCGUUGGCAGUCGACCAAGCUCAGACUACUCUGCAGCUUCCACUGUUACUUGCCAUAGUCAAGACACUGGUAACGCGUCGGUUCGAGGUCGUUGCGAGGCCUUGACGACGAGAGAACUUUCGCCAGUCGUCCUGCUGUUCAUCUUUGCCACGAACGAAGUUUAGGAGGGGUCGAAUUCCCCGGUGGGAAAAUCAAGGUAAAUAUAUGUGCGCCUAAGCAGGCGAACCGCAAGGCAGCCAAAAGGUAUAACACUGACAAUAUAACCUAAGCAAAUGAACGAUACGAGUGAACAUGAAUCAUCCGGAAGAACGAAUUGGAAAAUCACGAAAACAAACAAAACAAGGAACACGUUCUGCUCACCAUUGCUAUUCAUUCGAUAUAACUGAUUCAUUAAAUACUAGUAGCUACUGGUAAAUGUACCAAUAUGACACAUAUGUAAUAUAGGUCUGUCGAGAUCGGGAUUGGUAGAAACACUCAAAAAUGACAUACAAUAAUAGUAAUAACAGUAUAAAAGUGUUGACAAAAAUUUGUUGCUGAUGCCAGACUGGAAUUAUGGAACACGUAUAUAUAUAUAUAUAUAUAUAUAUACAUAAAGUAAACGCCAAAAACUAUAUAAUGUUGUGGAAUAGUAAUUUUGUGAACGCCACUCAGCAGUAACAAUACAAUCAAAACAGUCGAACCCAUUAAACACCAGAAGCAACAGCUGAAUCAGAGAAUUAAACCUUCAAUUAGUUGAUUUUAAGACUUUGGUAAUAGGUGCCGCUUGCGAAGUGAUAUCCUUUACUGGCAAAAAAUAGGCUGCUGGCCUGGCCGACCCGCUUGUCACUUGAAUGUUGGCCUUCCAGGAGGUCGAGCUCAGUGCAACAGUGAAACCCUG